UUUCACCACACACACACACACUUUUUGGCACGACAGCUUUAACUGCAGACUGCAGACAUUCCAGUCGGGAACAGUUCAACACCAGUUAGGAAGAUGCUGCUUGUGCUUGGGAUCUUCUUCCUGCUCUUUUCUCCAGCACUGCCACUGAAGUGCUACGUGUGCAGCUCAUCAGCCACCAAUGAAGAAUGCAACCAGAGUGCCCAGGAGUGUAAAGCACCUCUCAACACAUGCAUGACUGUCGUCGACACUUUAGAUACAGCGACAGCCAUAACAAAGCAGUGUGCCAGCCAGGCCACGUGCAGAGGAGCUGCCUCCACCGCCUCAGUCGACUCAAACGGAAACGGGAACGCCGUCAGCUGCUGCAGCACAUAUGACUUCUGUAACUUCAGCGGAGCCGACUCCAUCAACAGAAACACCAAGCUGCUGCUCCUGACUGUCGGUGUGGGAUUUCUGCUGUCAUGCUGAGCUCAGUGGGAUGUGCAAACCGUACAAACUACACCGCUGUCGUCUUCACACUACCUGGAAUCUUAUCCAUCUUGUAAAUACUGUUUAUAUUCGAGACUGUUUAACAAAAAGCUUUUAAAAUAUCACUGUGCACGCCACAUGCACAAUUAGAUAUCGUAGUAAAUGUGUCAGUAAUACUGACAGACAGAGCUAAUUGUUACACGUUAAAGGGUCUUCUAUAUUAAAUCACGGCUCUGGCUCAGAAAUUGACUUUAGUGUUUAAUUCCACAAAAAGUAAAGGCAGUAAGCUUAUAUUAGCUUAUCUGACAGAAAUCUGUGGAUUUAUCUGGUAUUCCUGGAUAUUUGAUGAACAAAAAUGUCUAUUAUGCUCAAGAAAUGAAUGCCCAGUUACAAAAAUGAACGAACAUUAACAUUAGUUGCUUAAAAUGCUUAUGAUUUUCCUUAGUUUACAGUAGUUUCAUUUUAAUGGAGAGAGAGACAGAACAAGAAAAUAAAUAUAUUGAUUUGCAUGUCAGUGAGUGAAAGUAUUUAAUCCUAAAACAUGACUUAGUAGUUGAUGGAGAAACCCAUGUUGGCUGCAGAGUGGUAAGAUGUUUCUUGUAGUUGGUCACCAGGUUUGAACACAUCUCAGGAGGAAUUUUGGUUAGGUUGAUGCCUGAGAGCUCAUUUUGGUUUCAUCUGAGCAAAGCUUUUCCUCCCAGGCCUUCUCUGAAUCAUGUAGAUGUUCACUGCACAGUACAUGCACCUUCCUGAGCAGGGAUCUUUUGGGUGCUGUAAGAUUUCAGCCAUUUCCGCCAUCACAUCCCCACAAAAACCUCAGCAGCCCAUCCUUGACAUCAAAAUCCAUGCUUGUACAACAGGCUAUUAUUGUUAUAUACAGUGCAAUGUGUCCUUUCUUAUUAUAAGAAAGUCUAAUUCUCUUCUUUACGAUUUUUCUGAAUGCUCUUUAAAAACAUCUACGCCAACAUCAACUUGAAAUUAUAAAUAAAUAAUUAAAUACUUAAAAUUAAAUAAUUAAAGUACAAUCAACUACAAAGUGGACAGACUUAUUUCAUUUCAUAAUUAUUUUUAUUCCAUUGGUUUUUUUGUUUCCUCCUAUUUGACAAGAUGGCUUACUUAGCCCAGAAGACAAAAUAAAUACCAGUGUUUACUAGUACGAGUUCUGUACAAUUCACCAGUGAUACACACCAGUAUAGCUUACAAUAUACCAACAUGAGCAGAUUUACGCAACAACAAGGAAAUAAAAUAGAUUGUUUUGUUUGGGGUUUUUUUCCUCCUCUGUUUUACAUUUAUUUUAUCCCUAUAACACGCAGAUUGAUCGAUCUGAUAGUUUCGUUGCUGGCUAAACAUGGAAAUCACAUCUGGAUAAAACGGGCUUAAAAAUAAUAAUAAUAAAAAACAAACAACAAACAAAAAAAGAAACAACUUAGGAUGUGUUAUUUUGGUGCUGUGCAAAUAUGCUCUUCUUUAUACCAGUAUAUCAUGCUAUACCAGUACAGUCACCAGUAUAUUUCAUAUAGCAGUAUGUGACACUCCACAUGGGGUCAGUAUUAACAAAGACAAAUGUGAUUUUCAGUUCAGUGUUUUGUGUCUGAGAAACAAGUUCCAGUCAUGUGGCUCCACAUUUCAUUUGUUUGGUUCCUUGGGGGCUAUUAUUAAGCCGGGGAGGGGGGGCAUUUUAAAGUGUUACACCUGACAAGAGAGUGGGAGUCAUAAAUGUGAUAUGAGGUUUGUUCAUGUCCCCGGGAAAUAUACUUUAAGUGUCACUAGUGGGUGAUCGGACAGUUAAUGUAGUCUUAUAUUAUGAACAUACGAAUCACGUUGGGACUAUAUGUGAGGAGACAAAAAAGGAAAAAGAGACACGAUCCUCACAAAAUUAGUGACCACUCUGAGACGUGUCACUCUCGUCUUCCUCGUGAACCAAUCGGAAGCAUCCUGCUACUCACGCUGAACACAUUUUUUCCAAUUAUUUUUUUUUUUUCACAGCAGUCAAUGCUGGGGUUGAAAGUUCAACAUUUUUCAGUAUAGAGGACAAAGAUUCCUCAAAACAACACAAAAAACAUGGAGCUGAUCGAUAAAAAGAGUAGACUGAACUGAGUGCGAGUGGGGGAGGUUUCUGUCUGCGGCGAUUACCCGCACAGAGUUGGAGUCUUCACAUUUGGAGUCUUUAAAAGCGGCUCAGAGAGGAGCUGAGGAAGACUGCGGGAAUGGGGCAGCAGUAAGGGUGAAAGAAAGGAAAAGUGAGUGAAAUAGAGAGAAGAGGGGAGGAGAGUGUUUUCUUUCCUCAGGCAGUAGAGUGGUGCUAGACUGUCCUCAAGGCCUAUUCUGCGUUUUUACGUUCCUGCCUCUGUCUCCUCCUCUGCAAUUUGAGUCUAUAAAUAAAACACGGUGAGACGGAGGAAACAGAGAAAGAGAGAUGGUAGGAGGCAUGACGAGUCGGAGAAGACCAAACCGAGACUGUUGUUACUGUUCCACCCGAGGUACCAAAAAUACCCAAAAAACAAAACAUAACAAACAUGUGAUGUGUAUGGCGAUGUAGAGAUAUUUGAUUGGAGAAAGGAGCUCCCAUUCAGGAAUCAGAACGUCAGCAAACGGAGGCGGCCGACGUCUAAGAUCCCACAGUGAAGUUUCAUGCAGAUAUGUUGCAGAUCGGGUCGCAAUCCACCCGAUCUCACCAGCUUUCAUGAUAGCGUUUCUGUCGGAAGUUUUAAAUCCAUUUAAAACUCUAACCUGCAGAAUCUGGCUCAUCCCAAAUCCAGAUUUACAGCUUA